AUGAUCAGCAUGUCAACAAUUGAAGUAAAUAAAGAUCAAAAUGAAAAUGUUGUAGCGUCGUUAUUGCCAUUUCAAAUUCAAUAUAAUGGUGAUAUUAAUACUUUAGAUUAUUUUACACCUUCAAAAUUAAAAGAAUCAAAUAAUAAUGAUAAUAAACUAUUGGACAUUGCUUACUUUCGAGGACGUAAAUUAGUAGGUGAAACAAUAGAUCUUGAGAAAAUAAAUUAUAUGGGUUAUAUUAUAACAAAAUCUGAAUACGCACUUGAUAAUUCAAUCGAAAAUGAAGAAAAUAUAGUGAAUACAGAAAUGAUUCAAACUGCUAAUAAAUUCACAUCAGUUGCAAAUUUUGAUAAAUUAACAGUCUAUGGACAUGAUUCAUUAGUUAAAUCAACUGAUCAAUGGAAUUUAAUACCAGAGUUUAUAAAAGUUAAUAAAAUAUUAAAUGAAGAUUGA